AUGACAUUAAUCUUUGUGACAGUUCUUCCUCUGCUGGGCUAUGAGACAGUGUCAAACUCCACCAUCCAGGACCUCUUGAUCCGUUGGACCAUCAAACUAGUCGACACUCCAGAGGGCAGCACCAGUAGGGUGGCUUUUUUUGCGCUGCAGCUGAUGUCACGGCACAAACACACAGAGUCUGCUCACAACUCUGAUGUGGUUUGGGGUCGAGUGUCGCACAUCCAUCCUGCUCUGCUGCAGCAGGUGGAGGUGACUGUCAGUGUAGCAACAGAAUGGGACAAUAAUCAGAUCCCCUUCCCCACCACUGUGAACAGGACAGUGAAGAGUCUGAUUGAUGAAAUCUUCCAGCUGCUGGACCUCACUCCCAUCACACCUGGAUAUUAUGUAUUGAAACUGUGUGACUCUGAGGAGUAUCUCAGGAAUGAAGAAAUGCUGGGUAUGCACGAGACAAUCCAGAUCUACUCCAAGUUUAAACUAGUAGUUCCUCUGCGACUGCUUCACGUGAACAACCUCAAACACGCGAGUCUGCAGGAUGUGCUCAAUGAGUACAGCAGAGAGGCAUCAGAGCUCGUAAGAAGUAAGUGUGGGAUGAACAGCAAUGUGCUCGUGAGCAAUGUUAAUACCAUCAGCAACCUUCUGUGUGGACUCUCAUGUCAGGAGCUGGAGGAUAGCAUCGGCAGGCUCAACCGAAUCAGCCCCAUACCUCUGAGUCAUGAUGAGAUGCAUGACUGUGAAGCUGCUAUGAUCAUGCUCCACGGGGCGCUGCUUAAAGUGCUGCAGAUAUUUUUUGACAACUUCCAAUCAGACUUCAGAGCCGAGAAGAUAACCGGCAGCCCGCAACCUGUGGACGUUGAAAACAACUAUGAAAUCUUCCAGUUCAACAUUGCUACCUUGUAGCUACAGCCCUCCUGGAUAACCACCUACGAGUUCUUCUCUGUUUCCUGUGAGUUGACGUACGGAGGAACAAAGAUCUGUGACACCGGCGUUUCUGAAAAUAUUCAGCACGGCUUGUCACUUGGAAACAAAAUCCAUUGUAACCGCAAGUCAGGCCAAGGUUACGGUGAUGUGUUCCCAUUCCCGGUUAAUCAGCUGCCAUAUGAGUGCAUGCUGACAUUUUGCCUCAAAGGCUCCAAGCGAGGCAAAAGCCCCGAGCUUUUACGCUGGGCUGUACUACCUCUGUACAAUGACAGGACUCUGGUAACAGGGACUGUCCUGCUUAGUAUGUCCAAUCUGGCUGAGCUGCCUCGUCCUCCCUCUCCUGCUCUGUUUGACAGCCAUAAACAAGCCGUCGGGGUCAUAAUACAGCUGGAGUUUCAGGAUCAGUUUGAGUGGGUGUAUCAGAGGCCCAUCGCACUCCCCGGAUCACUCAUCUUCUCUCAGCCUUGUGACGAGCUGCAGAGGAAAAUGUUGGAUGUUUCUAAGAAGCAUUGCCUCUGCUUCCUAACAGAGAAUGAGAAGUCCUUUCUUUGGAGUAAACGUUACAAUGCUGACAAAGGAAGCACUUUCCUCCACCUGCUGCUGGGUGGCCCCCGGUGGCAGCCUGAAGACCUGACGGAAAUCUACACCGUCGUAGAGAACUGGCCCAUCCAUCUGCCUGAGGAGGCCCUUUUCCUGCUCAGCGACAGUUUUCAUGAUCAGACUGUACGGACGGCUGCAGUUCAGUUCUUUCAGCAGAUAUCCGAUCUAGAGUUUGAGGAGUUUCUGCCACAGCUGGUGCAGGCUCUGAAGAGUGAGUGGAAACUGAAUGGACCUCUAGUGAUGCUUCUGUUGGAGAGAUCGCUGAGGAACAUGCGGAUCGCCCAGCAGCUCUACUGGCUGCUGGAGGAUGCCCACGGUGACCCGUACUACCAGAACUGGUUCGGUAAAAUUCAGGCUGCCCUGCGGCGCUGCUGUGGCCGAGCACUGAGGCAGGAACUGGAGCACGAAACCCGUCUGGUGUACCUGCUCGUACAGGUGGCUGAGAAAGUCCGCAUUGCUGACAAGGCCCGACGUAAGAAUGUUUUAAAUAAAGAAAAGCUGAAGAUUGAUGACUUCUUCAAAAACGACAUCAGCUGUUGUCUACCACUGGAUCCUGCCGUCCGUGUAAAGGCAGUGAACUUGGAUGCCUGUAAGUUCUACAACUCCAAUGCUGCUCCUCUGGGGAUCCCAUUCAUCUGUACUGACCCUCUGGCCAAGAACAUCAGUGUCAUCUGCAAGACAGGAGAUAACCUGCGUCAGGACAUGCUGGUGCUUCAGAUAGUCCGUGUGAUGGACAGAGUUUGGCUUCAGGAGGGGCUGGACCUGCAAAUGAUCACAUACCGGUGUCUCUCUACGGGCAAAGCUCAAGGCCUGGUGGAAGUGGUGCCUGAGGCGGUGACCCUGGCAAAGAUUCAUCAGAAGUGGGGUCUGGGUGGGACCCUUCGAGAAGACACACUGGAGAAAUGGUUCCACAUGUUUAACAGAACUAAGGAGGACUACGAGAAGGCUGUGAUGACCUUCAUCCACUCAUGCGCUGGGUGGUGUGUGGCCACCUUCAUCUUGGGGAUCUGUGACCGACACAAUGACAACAUCAUGCUGAAACACAGUGGACACAUGUUCCACAUUGACUUUGGCAAGAUUAUGGGCAAUGCACAGAAGUUUGGAAGCUUUAAAAGGGACCGAUCACCCUUCAUCUUUACAUCUGAGAUGCAGCACUUCAUCACAGGAGGGGGACAGAAGCCUCAGCGCUUGCAUCGCUUUGUGGAGCUCUGCUGUGAAGCUUACAAUAUCAUCAGAAGGCGCUCUGCACUGAUACUCAGCCUGUUGGAGCUGAUGCUACAUGCGGGAAUGCCAGAACUGAAGGAUUCUAAUGACCUGCAGUACGUCCUGAACAACCUCAGACCUCAUGACACAGACCUGGAGGCCACUUCUUACUUCACAAAGAAGAUCAAGGAGAGCAUGGAUUGUGUUGCGGUCAAGUUUAACUUCCUUACUCACAGCAUGGCUCAAGGGAAGAAACAAGAAACGCUAACCCGGGAUGGCAUCCCUGCUCCCAGCACCAACAUCCAGGAAGCUGUCAUUCAGGGAUACACUGGCAAAGGAAAAGAUGUGAUUUAUGACCUGAGAAUAACCAUUCAUGAUGGUUUUCUGACCAGUGAGAAGACAUUUGGGCAAUUUGAGCUCAUCCACAAGCAGCUGCAGAAAUACUUCAUUGAAUCAGCAUUGCCUCAGUUUCCUAGCUGGUUUCAGAUGUCGUUCACACCACGCAGGAAGAUGUCUCUGCUGAAUAAAUACCUGAAGCAGCUUUUUGAGGGUCCAUGCAAAGGAAAUGAGUUUGUGUGCAGCUUGUUUCUGGACGGCCCCAACAAAGUUCAUGAAAGUGUGGCUACAGGAAGCCGUCCUCAGAUCCAGCUUUACAUUUCUUACUCUCACUUCAAGCUGUCUGUCCUGGUAAAACACCUGAAGAACAUCAAGCAGGCAAAUGGCUCUAACCCUGAUGCCUAUGUGGUCACACGUCUGAGACCAGACCCCAAGCAGCGCUCCAAGAGGAAGACAAAGGUGGUUCGCAACAGUGACAACCCCAUCUUUAAUGAACUGCUGGAGUACAGUUAUGUCCCGCUGCUGUAUGGGAUGGUGCUGGAAGUGACGGUGAAGAGCAAGAAGACCUUUGUGGCUGCAACCAACGUUAGACUGGAGGAGGAGUUGCUGCAAAAGGAGACCUGGUUUCCACUGGGGAACUGUGCAAUCUGAGCUCAGGGAGCUGCACUGUGGACCCGCUGCCAGCAGGGGGCGCAACCACACAGAGGGAGUGAAUCCAUUCAGAGAUUCUCCAAACUCUUAACAGGGAGACAAAUUCACCUGAGAGGAGGAUCAGUGCACUUUACACUGAACAAUGGAUGCCAUUUAUAUCUAUUUAUCAGCUGCAACUUGAACCCACUUCAGAACUGAAUACAGUGGCUGCGGAUGGGACGUUCGGAUGAAGUUACAAAGCCGACUAAAAGACACAAGAGACUGUUUAUUAUAGGAAGCAUCAUUUAGCUUGUCUUUUUAUCACUUUUAAAUGUUAAUCAAAUGAAGGGGGAUUGCUUAUUAGAGAGCUUUUUGAAUGUUACUUUGGUGACGGCUGAAGAAAAGAAAGUAUUAUUUCUCAUACUUGCACUUUCAUUUGUAUUUCAUCUUGCUUUGUUUUCUUCACCGUGAGUCAAAGCGGUCCUUGUAGACGUGUGCGUGGUCGAGACUGUUGAUGUGACAGAUUAAAGAGGAGGAGGCGAUGCGGCGCUGUUUAGAGCUGCCUGCUUGUUACCUGCCCAGACUGAGCGUGUUUGUCCCUCCGAGCCGUGUCAACUGGAUGUCCUUGACCGGUGGAAUAGGAGGCGGGAGGCAUGAGGGUGAGGAGGAGAGAGAGGGGCGAGGAGGAGAGUGUGUGAGCUGGGUGACAACGCUGCCUCUCUGGCCGGAGGGGCUGACUUAACACUCUCCCCCUCACUCCAUCCUUUGUCUUAUCCAUCGGUGGCAUUCAAACACAGUUAUGCACAUGCAUGCACAAACACGCAAAGGCAGACAGUCACGCGGUAACACAAAUACCCCUGAAAAAACACCUACACACACACUCGCACACUCUCUCGCUCACUCUUUCCAGGCUAAGGCAGGUCUUCAUGUUAUCUUAAUGCUGUCCUCCUUCUGACAGGCCUGCUGACCCGUACUUUCCUCGGCCUCAUUCAUCGGAUUUAGUGAUGAACGAGAAUAGAAAUAGACUCCCCUGCACUGGAUUUGGUUCAAUAAUGUAUACCUCUGUGAAUGCUAUUUAUAUUAUUACCUGCUGGCUCUCUCACAGGGAAGUAGGAUUCUGAAGCAAAUGCUGGCUGCUGCUCUUUACUAGUUGGAGAAUGAAUGUAUUUUUCCAUCAGUUUUGGCCCUAAUAGAAGAGUUACAUCUAUUUCGUGAUCAACUCUGUCACUAUAAUUGCUCCUCUAUCGUCUCUGUUUCUCUAUUACUUGAGAGAUCCAGUCAAAGAAUGAUUAUUGUGUCUUUUCAGCCCCACUGGAACCUUCUGGUCUUUUCCUCUGCAGCACACAGUGCAGGCAGAGGGGAGGAAAAAAAAAGGCACGUCUAUUUUCUGACAAUAAAACUGGUAUUUAUAUCUGAGGAAAUGGUGCUUUUUUGAUUUAUUUAUAUAUUUAUUUGUUGUUGUUGUUGCUGCAUCAGCCACGCUUCUCUAUCUGCUGGCAAGGUGUGUGUGUGUGUGUGUGUGUGUGUGUGUGUGAGGGAGUCUGAUAUGAAGAGCUGUUUUUAGGAAUACCAGACAAAGACGAAAAGAGAGGCUGGAUCCAGACUGCAUCCGUCUCGAGACCGGAGAGGCACCCAGCGGUAGCCUGGAGGUGGAGAAGAAAGAGAGGCAUGAACAGGAAGACCGAGCCUCAAGGCGUUGACCCAAACACUCCAGAUCUCAAACCAAUCUAGCAACAGCGGGAUGCACAGGAACAAGCCCGACCCACAGAAGGCCUCCAACACCAAAGCUGAAAAGCGAACACUCUUCCCGCUCACCAAGCUGCGAGCCGACGUUCCAAAACUCCUGAGGGUUGAAGUUGGAGGAAGAAGUUCUGGAGCCUGCAGGGUAAAUCCUGCUGAGGAACUUCUGGUUGUGCUGAACAAAAUCCAGACCUGAGAGAGCGGAAUCACAACACAUCAAAGGUCUUACAUUUGGGCUUGGGAGGUCUCCAGUGGUCGAAUGAUCCAACGGAGCUGUCAGUAGCUUGUCCCCUAAGAUAGAGAUGAGGUACUGGGCCAUGACUUCCUGCUGCUCCUUGCUGCAAUGGUUUUCCAAAGACAGGAUCACUGGGUGUGUGGCCCAGUGCCCUGUGGACUCAGGUCGUUUCUGGCAAAGGAAAUACAAGCCGUGUGCUGUUCAUCUGGAAAGGAUGGCUCAACCGUAAUCGUAUUAUAAAAAGAUGGAGAAGCUUUCUCGACUACUCGCGGUGCCAGCAAACUGCAACAUACAUAUCAAAUCCUAAUGCUGCGAAACAGGAAGCCCAGUUGAGCUUGAAAGUCCCGUUAUUGUGUCCUGUUAGUGAAAGAGGUGCUGUUAAAUGAAACUCUAAAAAAUGACUACUUCUCAGACCAGUGGAUUGGAAGGGAUGGGCGAGUUCCUUGGCCACCACGUUCACCAGCUAUCACUCCUUUGGACUUCUUUCUAUGGGGUUCUGUUAAAGAUAUCAUGCAUCAAACAAAGAUAUGGGACAUUGCUGACUUGAAGCAAAAGAUUUCUGAUGCCAUUGCCACCACUGAUGAGGCUAUGCUACAGCGAACAUGACAAGAAAUCAAGUACUGUCUUGAUGUGUUUCGUGAAGCUAAUGGUGCCCAUAUAGAGGUGUAUUAAAUGAAGUAGAGAAAACAUUGACAACCACUGAUUUUCAAUAACACAAAUCUUGUUAAGAUAUCUUAUCAACUGCCUUUGUAAUAAAGUCUGAAAAUUGUAUAGAGACUUUACAGACACCCUGUAUAAUGCUGUGUACAGACUCUAGGAGCUAUAAUGAAGGUUUUACGGUCUGCACCCUGUUGUAGCAUGAGCACAUUGUGCAAUGCAUGACUUUAAGAAGUGACAGUUUGUUGAGGCACAUUGAUGUCGGUCAAUUAGGCUGCGUUUUGUGUUUUUAGUGAACCCUCAUUCUCUAAAGACAGAGAAGCUACAGUAGGGACUGUAUGUGCCAUAGAACACUGUAAUUAUGCUGUCCAUUACUACAAUUUGUACCAGUGCCGUCUGUGCACUGUGGUCUUGAUCAAGUCAGCACAGUAGAGUAAGCUUUCUUGUGUUUUUGCUGUUCUUAUCACUUCAGUUUGCAGAAGCACAUAGAAAUGGUAAAUGCAAUUUAAUGUAAAAUAUUUGUUUAUCUGGUGUUGCUAAUAGAUCUAGAAUUCAUCACCCCAGCUUAAAACCCUAUGCAUUACUUGAAAGCCCCUUGACAUGAGCUCAUUUAGAGCCCAUAAAAGGGCAAAUAUUUAUAGCACUAAGAGCCUCUCUCAAGCUCAGGGCCCUACAAAUCAUUCAGGACAUCAUGUCCAAGCCUAAUGCAAAUUCAUAUUAUGAAUAUCGCGGCUGAAAUUAUCCCAGUAAUAUUGUUUAAAUCAAUACUAAAAUUAAAUUAUAGUAUUUUAUUUCACCUUAAUAUCACAUUGUUUAUUGUUAGUGCUAUCCUUCAGCCAUUUCAGUUAUUGAAUAAGAUGUAGAUAUGUAAUUGGAUCUCAUUUUGGUUAUUUGAUUCUUAGCUAAACUUGGCUUUCCAUAAUUGAAGUUCUGAGAAAAAAAAUGUGAUGACGCCAGAAUGAAAAGGUGUCACACGCUCACACUUUGCAUUUAUGCUUUCUGACAGCUUGUCAGAAAGUCCACAGUGAGCAGAACCAAGGCUAACCUGCCAGAGAUAUCAGCUGGAGAAAAAGAAAUCUUACAGAUAUGUCUCACAUUUAUAUUUAAAACAAACUAUUUUUUGUAUUUCCUUUUUUCAGCAAAUCCCCAUGAAGAUACAAAACAGCAAUGAAUGUAUCCUACUGAAUGGUACUGUGUGUCCUGAUAAGCUUAUUGUGUGUUCGACCAAUUGUUUGGGUAACAUAUUUCCUUAUUCAAAAAAUGUGAGCACUGUAGUUCAGGUAGAAAUAGCUCUACAGACAAAUAACAGUGAUCUCUUCCACAGUCCCUGGGGAGUAGUUGACUUAAGGAACAUCCAGAGAGGGAGGUGUUGACCCGGCCUGCUCCUCUCUAAUGGUGUUCAUGCAGUCUGUGGAGUAUUUUAAACCGUACCUCUGAGAGAACAUUAAGCGUUUCCUUUAUGGCUGAUUUCCAGCUCUUAUCGUCUCUUGUUCUAAAUCCUUCUGCCAUUGUUUUCUGAAGUGUUUUUGUGGAAUAUGUCACGUCUAGGUAAGAUUUCAUAUAAAUCCAAAAAUUCCUGGUAAAGGCUGUGUGAAGAUGUCUUCCAAACAGUAACAUGAGGGGCUUUCAUUGUUUCUGGGCUAAGUCUGAUUAAAAUAACUAUUGUAAAUUGUA